UUGUGUUUUGAAAUCACGAGAGGGCGCUGUGACUCACUAUAUUGAAAACGAACUUGCGAAUGCGAAACGAAUGCGAAAAAGAGUGCUACUUAAAUGUAGUUGAAGAGAGAACCAGUCACCAUGGAAAUAGCCAGCGGCAGCAUGAUCUUGCAUCCUGACUUGGCCAGCGAGCUCAGGACGUUGCAUGAAUCCAGUGGUUUUGAUUCGGCCGGUGCUUUCUUAAAACAUCUUUUCGCCUUAGAAGACCAGCAUAGAUCACAACAGUGCUUGACUACCCUUUUCACUAAUGUCGAGCAGCCUUGGCUCGGCAACUAUAACGCCGGUCAAGCUGUGAGCCUGGAUUCAGCACCAAAAACUGUCUCAGUUGGAAUUCAAGUCAAGUUGUGCUUUUGCAGCGACAACAUCAUUGAGAGCGCAUUUCGUGAACAAGGCGUAACCAGUGAUUUAAAUUCAGUUCAGCAAGAUGAUCUCCGAGAAGAACUAUCCGAUUCUGACUCGGAUUACGAUGAUACUGAGGAAGUAUUUGAGGAAGCGGAUGAUUACAACAGUAGAAACAACAAACAGCGAAAUGAGACAGUAACGGGAAAACAGGUAAACAAAACUGUUGGUCGGCCAACAAGGAAUCGAAGGAAACCUAAUCAGGGAGCGCAUCCUGGAUAUUCUUGCGAAGAGUGCGGAGAUAAGUUUACUCGCGAGUGUUACCUUAUCCAUCACAUGAAGAAACACAGAGGAGAAGAGACGACGGUACAAUGUCAAUUCUGUGACCUGACCUAUCCCAGUCCAUGGACAUUAACCAUCCAUAUUUCUCUCAUGCAUCCGGAGCAUGCACCGCCACCGCGCGACAAGCCUCCAAAGAAUCCAAUCAUCUGUACUACCUGUGGAAUGGCGUUGAAGACUGCGUAUACAUACAGGAAACACCAACGCACACACACAGAUGAGAGACCCUACGAGUGCGACUUGUGUCACAAGACGUUCAAAUUUUCAGGAUCUCUGGCCAAACAUAAAUUAGGAAUGCAUACCCAAGAGCGGCCUUACCCUUGUCAUCUAUGUGACAAUAACUUCAAACAUUCUAGUGACUUGAUACGUCAUCAAGUUGUCCACACUGGCGAGAAACGAUACAAGUGCCUCCAGUGCAAUAAAGCUUAUACAGCAAUUAAUUCCCUGCAAUUCCACAACUUGAGGUAUCAUGAGAACCCAGGGGUUAAGCCGUUCAACUGCCCUCAUUGUAACAAAUGUUUUGCCAAAAAAUUCUCGAUGAACGACCACAUCAGGAGGAAACACCUGUAUCCAGAAAAGUACAAGAGAAGGCCUGGCCAGCCUCGCAAACCACCCCCAGAACGGACCUUCCAUUGUGAGAUCUGCAGCAAAGCUUUCAGAUAUGCAAGCAACUUGAGACGUCAUUACAUAUCUCACACCGGUGAACAGCCUUUCAAAUGUACACAGUGUGACAAGGCAUACAGAGACAAUGAUACGCUGAAAAUCCACAUCUUGCGAUACCAUGAGAACCCUGGGGUAAAGCCUUACGAGUGCCCCCACUGCGACAAAUGUUUCGCCAAAAGAUCCUCCCUGCCCAGCCACAUCAAAAAGAAACAUGAGAACCCAGAGCAAAAUAAGCCAGAGAAGAGCAAAACAAAGCCCGCCAAGCCAAAGCUCGCCAAGCCACGCAACCCAGUACCCCCGGAAGAACGGGCCUUCCAGUGUGACCUCUGCGGCAAAGCUUUUGGAUUCAUGAGCAAUCUGAGACGUCAUUACGUAACUCACACUGGGGAACAGCCGUUCCAAUGUACACAGUGUGAUAAGGCGUACAGAGACAAUAAUUCCCUGAAACGCCACAUCCGGAGAUUUCAUGAAAACCCUGAGAUAAAGCCUGAUGAGUGCCCUCAUUGCGACAAAUGUUUCGCCAACAAAUCCGCCCUGCUAAGCCACAUCGAAAAGCAGCAUGAAAAUCCAGAGCAGGACGACGGACAGAACACAGAAAAAGUGCCCUCUAAAUACGUGCAUACUCUGAAAAUACCUGCUCAUGUUGGAAUGACAAGUGUGGUGUCACAAGGCUUUAAAAGCACAGCUGCAAUUAAACGUGCACCUUUAGUGCUGCCUGCUAUGUUACAAAAGUCUCCGAAUACCGAGGCUGGAAUAUCGACAGUCACCAUGGAAGUAAUUAGUGGCAGCAUGAUCCUGCAUCCUAUCUUGGCCAGCGAGCUCAAGGCCUUGCAAGAAUCCGGCUGUUUUAAGACGCCCGGUUCCUUCUUGAAACAUCUGUUUGGUUUAGAGGAGCAGCACAGAUCUCAACAGUGUGUGACUACCCUUUACACUGAUGUACAGCAGCCAAGGCUUGGAGAUGCUAAUCAAGAUGUAAUUCUGGAUUCAGCUCGGCAAUCAAGAACUGUGUCCAUCGGAGUUCAAGUCAAAUUAUGCUUUUGUAGCGACAACAUCAUUGAUAGCGCAUUUCAUGAACUAAACGUCAACAGUGAAGUAGAUUCUUAUCAGCAAGACGAUCUCCAAGAAGAAAUAUCAGACUCUGACUCGGAUUACAAUGAUACCGAGGACGUUUUGGAGGAAGAGGUUGUUAUCACCAGUAGAAACAGCAGAAAGCGAAAAAAGACCGUAGCAAAAGAACAAGUUCACAAAACUGUUGGUAGACCAGCAAAGAAUCAAAGAAAACCUAAUCAGGUAGCAGAUCAGGAAUUUUCUUGCGAGGAGUGUGGAGCUAAGUUUUCUCAGGAAUGUUACCUUGUCCAUCACAUGAAGCAACACAGCAGAGAGGAGUCACUACAAUGUAAAUACUGUGACCAUACCUAUCUCAUUCCUGCAAAAUUAGCCCAGCAUAUUUCUGUAAUGCAUCCAAAGCAUGCCCCGCCACCUCGGGAAAAGCACCAGAAGCAAUCAUUCAUCUGCGCUACCUGUGGAACGGCAUUUAAAACGAUGCAUACAUACCAGAGACACCUGGCUACACAUGUGGAUGAGAGACCUUACGAGUGCAACUUGUGUAAGGAGAAAUUCAAAUACUUAACAUCUCUGGGCAACCAUAAACUCCAAGUGCAUAACAUUGAACGCCCCUACUCUUGUCAUUUGUGUAGCCGUAGCUUCAAGAUGCCCAGCCAUUUAAAAGACCAUCGGGUUGUCCACACUGGCGAGAAACGAUACAAGUGCCUUGAGUGCAAUAAAGCCUUUACAGCUUAUAAUUCCCUGAGAUUGCACAAGUUACGCCAUGAGAACCCGGGGGUUAAGCCGCACGAGUGCCCUCACUGUCAGAAACGUUUUGCUGGAAAACACACAUUGGAUAUUCACAUUGAAAGGAAACAUGUGAACCCAGAGCAGUACAAAAGAAAGCCCUUCCAGUUGCAUGACCCACCCCUUGAACGUUCCUUCCAAUGUCACAUAUGUGGCAGCGCUUUUACAUACUUGAGCAAUUUGAGAAGUCAUACCACAAAGCACACCGGCAGAAAGCGGUUCAAAUGCACACAAUGCGAUAAAGAAUACAUUGCCAACCAUACGCUGAAAAACCAUGUCAUUAGAGUUCAUGAAAACCCCGGAUUCAAGCCAGUCAAGUGCCCUCUCUGUGACGUACGUUUCUCCCAGAAAUCCUCGUUGCCUAAGCACAUCGCAAGGAUGCAUGAGAACCCACAGCGAGAGAAGUACAAGAGAAAUCCCAACAGGCCACGCAAGCCGCCCCCGGAACGGUCCUUCCAGUGUGACCUCUGCGACAAAGCUUUCAGAUACUUGUGCAAUCUGAAACGUCACGGCUUAAUUCACACCGGUGAAGUGCCAUUUCAAUGUACACAGUGCGAUAAGGUGUACAGAGACAAUGCAACGCUGAAAACCCACAUCCUGGUAUGUCAUGAUAACCCUGGAGUCAAGCAGUUCAGAUGUCCUCAAUGUGACAAAUGGUUUGCUUAUAAAACCUCGUUGAACAAGCACAUAAAAACGCAGCAUGAGAACCCAGAGCGUGGUCUGGAAAUACCUGCUCAUGUUGGAAUGACAAGUGUGGUGUCACAAGGAUUUAAAAACACAGCAGUUGGUAUAAAACGUACACCUCUAGUACUGCCUGCUACUCCAUAAAUCUCAAAAUACAGUGACUGGAGUAGAAAGUAGCCCUUGAACGAAAAACUGUUCAUGUUGCAGACAACAGACUCGGUUGUCAAUUAACUUACAGAUAAUACACAACUUUUGCAAACAUCAAAAAAA